AUGCCUCCCCACACCAACGAGUCCGAUAUGUCGCUCAGCGGGCUGUCGAUCCACGAGUCCGACGAUGCCAAUGGCACCUCCCGUUAUGCCAACUCGCAGUACGUGGGUGGAUUCGGCACGCCUUCGCGGCCACUGGUGCCGGGCACGUAUGCACCGACACCGGCAUUCUUCGACCCCGCCACCGACGACCUCGACAUCGAGGUGAUCAGGAAGCACGCUGUGCGGCUGGCGGAAGCUGGGCUGCAGGGCAUCGUCACGCAGGGCUCGAACGGCGAAGCCGUGCACCUGAGCCACUCUGAGCGCCGCCUGGUCACGGCGGCGACACGCGAGGCGCUGGACAGCGCCGGCCACACGCACAUCCCGGUGAUCGUUGGGUGCGGCGCACAGUCCACCCGCGAGACCAUCGAGCUUUGCCACGACGCGAUGCUCUCGGGCGGCGACUACGCCAUGAUCCUGCCGCCGUGCUAUUACCGGCCGCUGUACACGGGGGAGUCGCAGCUCGACUUCUUCCGCGACGUGGCCAAUGAAUCGCCCAUCCCGAUCCUGAUCUACAACUUCCCCGGCGCCGUCGGCGGCAUCGACCUGGACUCGGACGUGGUCACGCAGCUCUCGCGCCACCCCAACAUCGUCGGCUGCAAGCUGACGUGUGGCAACACGGGCAAGCUCGCGCGCGUCGCCGCCGCCGCCCCCGCCGGAUUCAUGACCAUGGGCGGCUCGGCCGACUUCACGCUGCAGACGCUCGUGGUCGGCGGCAAGGGCAUCAUCGGCGGGCUGGCGAACAUCGCGCCGCUGGCGUGCGCGGCCCUGUUCACCCUGUACACCACGGGCCGCAAGGACACGGCGGAGAAGAUGCAGGCGGUGAUCGCGCGCGGCGACUGGGUCGCCAUCAAGGGCGGCGUCGUCUCGACCAAGAGCUGUCUCAACUCGUACUUUGGCUACGGCGGGUUCGGCCGCAAGCCCCUGCCGCGCCCCACCGAGAAGCAGGUCGAUGACGUCAAGGCGGAGUUCGAGGAGCUGCUGCUGCUCGAGGAGUUCCUGCUCGCUGGCAAGAGGGAGCAGGACGUCCACUCCGCUAGGGGCAAGGAUUUCCCGCAGCUCUUGGAACUCGAGCGCAUGCUCGUCGCAGACGUCUAG